AAUGAGAGAGGUAAAAAAAUUAGAAAGGUCACGAAGAGGUUGUUUUUCUUUGUUGGUUCCCUUCAGCUUGGCUCCCCAUUUCCCCAAGGAGUUGGUGCCUCGUUCCUUAUUUCAUGAUGCUGCGUUGUGUCUCACAACGCGUAUCCGGUGCGUCGUUCAGGCAGUCUGUCCUGCAAGGCCAGCCCUCGUACCAUGUUCCUCGCACACUGUUCGGGCGAAGUGCUAACACAAGCCAAAUCCCUACCGACCAGGCUGCCAGUGAGCAGCCUCAGGCUGGUGAAGGAGAUAGUAAUGCCCAGUUGAAAGCAAUGGAAGAGAAGUACACUGCGGAGUUGGAGAAAGCAGAAAAAUCCUUCAAAGAAGUUCAGAAUCAGUUAAAGCGCUGCUUGGCGGAGACGGAAAACGUGCGCAAGCGUGCCGAGAAGCAGGUGGGUGACUCACGCCUGUUUGGCAUUCAGAAGUUUGCCAAGGACCUGCUGGAGGUGGCCGACAUUCUGGAGAAGGCCAUCGACUCGUCGCCCGCCAAGCCCAGCAGCGCACCGGAGAUCCUAGCCAUGCACGAAGGACUAGCGAUGACGCAGACACAGCUGCAGAAGGUGUUCACGAGCAACGGGCUCGUACGCACGUCCCCACUCGGCGAGACGUUCGACCCCAACUUGCACGAGGCCAUCUACCAGAUCCCGGCUGCGGCGGCCGAGGGAAAGAAGGCAGGUGCGAUUGCGGCCGUUGCUCGUGUUGGUUACACGCUCAACCAGCGCACGCUGCGUGCAGCUCAGGUCGGUGUAGUGGCUGAGUGAAUACAGUACAGUUUUUAAGUUUUAGUGUGCGGGGGCGGCUCUCUUGCUUCGCUGCGCGCAGCUCAAGUCUGUGUGGUCGCUGAGUGAACACCGGUACAGUUGUACUGCUAGUGCGUGUGCGGGGGCUCGGCCCUCUUUUUGCUUAAACCCCAGUCGGCAGUUUCUUGAGUUUCGGAUGCGGGCAUGCAGCACUGUACUAACAGCUACCAAGCCAGGCUGCCUUGCGGUCGGUGCAGUCAAGUGCAGGUGUACGGCAACCUGGCAUGUGCUCGCUCACACGCGCACGUUAGCGAGCGCGGAAACGCUAGUGCUAUGCUGUCAACACCAAAGCAACUUUCAAUCAAUCACCACGCUGCUUGCAGGCUGCUGGCUGGCCAGGCAUAGGCGUAUUGCUGUGUUUAUUAUAAUUGUUUUAGCGCCACAGCGUCACUGGCGGCAAGCCAGCUGAAUUGAAAAUAUUGAUAUCCGGUGGGAUUUUUUCACUGCUACACGGA